AGGCCGCGAAUCCAAUAAAAACGUACACGGCACAGCGGUCACUGCAUCAUACCGGAUUCAAGCGUCAUCCCCUUCACCGAAAGUGCAGCAACCAUUCCGUACCAUGAAAGUUACAGUGUCGUUCUACGGUAGUGCCGGUGUGUUGCUAGUUCUACUAUCGACCUCACUAGUGCUCGCCAGUGAUCGCUGCCCACCGGAGGAUGACCCAGAGAAGCCACCGAUCCUGUUUCCCCAUCCGACCGAUUGCGACAAGUUUAUCAUCUGUAGCCACGGCCGGGAGGUGACCAGCAAGUGCCCUCCCGGAUUGCUCUGGAACGAUCGAAUCAAGCGGUGCGACUACCCGUCCGAGUCCCAGUGUGUACCGGAGGGAGGAACCGAAACGACGACAGAGGAACCGACGACGGCGGUGCCGGAUGGGCUGGCCUACGAUUGUCCACCGGUGUACGAUCCGGAUCAUAUGGUGUACAUACCGCACGGUACCGACUGCACCAAGUACUUCAUCUGCGACCCGUACGGUGUACCACUCCAGCAGAACUGUCCACCGGGGCUUCACUGGAGCGAAGUGGUUAACUAUUGUGAUUUCCCCGAGCUGGCCCAGUGUACGGCUGGUACGGAGCAGCGCUAAUGCAAAGCCAUCGUUACAGAUAAGCGAGCGAACGCAAUACAACCCCUUUUGCCAUUUCGUAA